AGUCGGUCUCGUACCAUGGCUGAGAGCAGACGCUUGGACAGGGAAGAUGAUCUGCCGGUGUAUCUGGCUCGCCCGGGGACGGCGGACCAGGUGCCGCGACAGAAAUACGGAGGUUUGUUUUGUAACGUAGAAGGAGCGUAUGAGAGUAAAACCAUCGAUUUUGACGCUCUCUGUGUCGGUCAGCGAAGCUCCAGAAGCCCAAGAGCCACAAACAGAGAAGAGCUGAAGCCUUCAAAGCACGAAACCAACUUUCCACCUGAGCUUAAAGACACAGUACAGAUCAAGAAUGCGUUUGAGGAGGAACCUGUCAAACACCUUGAUAAGAGUGAGAGGCUCCUGAUUAAAGGUGGUCGUAUUGUGAAUGAUGACCAGUCCUUCUAUGCAGACAUCUAUAUGGAGGAUGGAGUCAUCAAGCAAAUUGGUGACAACUUGAUAGUACCAGGAGGGGUGAAGACCAUUGAGGCCAAUGGGAAGAUGGUGAUUCCUGGAGGAAUUGACAUCCACACCCACUUACAGAUGCCCUUCAGGGGUACGACAACCGUGGAUGAUUUUAACCAGGGCACCAAGGCUGCUCUAGCUGGAGGAACCACCAUGAUUGUGGAUCAUGUGAUCCCGGACCCUGGCACUAGUUUGGUGGAAGCUUUCGAGCGCUGGCGUGAAUGGGCAGAUGAGAAAGCGUGCUGCGACUACUCACUGCAUGUGGACAUCACCCACUGGAACGACAGCGCCAAACAAGAGGUCGAGAGCCUCAUUAAGGAAAAAGGAGUGAACUCUUUCCAGGUCUAUAUGGCUUAUAAAGACCUCUAUCAGAUGAGCAACAGUGAGCUUUAUGAGAUCUUCACCUUUCUUGGCGAGCAUGGAGGAAUCGCACAGGUCCACGCAGAAAAUGGAGAAAUAAUUGCUGAGGAGCAGACCCGUAUGCUGGAGAUGGGCAUCACAGGACCUGAGGGACAUGUUCUCAGCCGCCCAGAAGAGCUAGAGGCCGAGGCGGUGUUUCGAGCUGUCACGAUUGCCAGUCAAACCAACUGUCCACUCUAUGUGACCCGCGUGAUGAGCAAGAGUGCUGCUGAUAUCAUCUCACAGGCCAGGAAAAAAGGUAACGUGGUGUUUGGGGAGCCAAUCACUGCCAGUUUGGGAACUGAUGGGACUCAUUAUUGGAGCAAGAACUGGGCUAAAGCUGCCUCUUUUGUGACAUCUCCACCCCUCAGUCCAGACCCAACCACUCCAGACUACCUGAACACCCUGUUGGCCAGUGGUGAUCUGUCGGUGACAGGGAGUGCUCACUGCACAUUCACCGUGGCUCAGAAGGCCAUAGGGAAGGAUGACUUCACUCAGAUUCCUGAAGGAGUGAAUGGAGUAGAGGAGAGGAUGUCCGUCAUCUGGGACAAGGCUGUGGUCACUGGUAAAAUGGAUGAGAACAUGUUUGUCGCCGUGACAAGCACCAAUGCCGCCAAGAUCCUGAACCUGUAUCCACGCAAGGGCCGAAUAGCCGUGGGCUCCGACAGCGAUCUGGUUAUCUGGGACACGGACGCCAUCCGGACCAUCACUGCUAAAACACAUCAUUCUGCAGCGGAGUAUAACGUGUUCGAGGGCAUGGAGCUGAGAGGUGCGCCCAUGCUGGUCGUCUGCCAGGGGAAGAUCGUUCUGGAGGACGGGAAUCUGCACGCCACCUCUGGCACUGGGCGCUUUAUUCCCUGCUCCCCGUUUCCUGACUUCGCUUACAAACGUGUCAAAGCCAGGAAACAGAUGGCUACACUGAAGGCGGUCCCCAGGGGCAUGUAUGACGGGCCCGUGUCCGAAUUUUCACCCAUGUCGAGGGGAGGCACGCCAUCUGCCUCCGCCCGUACCUCACCCACCAAAGUCCCUGUGAGGAACCUCCAUCAGUCUGGAUUCACGCUAUCAGGUCCUGAAGAAGCCCCCAUCAGACCAGCUGGAAGACGUGUCGUUGUGCCCCCUGGUGGCCGCUCCAAUAUCACCUCCCUUAGUUAAAUAUAAAGAGCAUGUAAGAGGGACCACCAGGAUAAAUUCAACCAUGUAGAAGUAAGGUGAUUAGUCAGGAAAUGAAACAAAAGAAACGUAAAACACUGAACUCAUGCCUUACCCUUCAUGAUUUACUCCUGCUGAGUGACAGAAGAUCAGUAGUCCACCUCUGAGGAAAGCAAAGCCCGACCAAAUGUUAGGGCAUUUAGUGUAGCGUUUUGUUCGUUUAGAUGUGUUUAGAUAAACUGAACUUUAGAAAACAUUAGAAUUACCGUGAAACCGACUUUGUUUGAAUGGUCUGCGAUGUUUAGAAAAGGAAGCAGUUAACUCUCUAGAACCGGCGUUUGCGUUCAGUAGAGGAAGGACUACUGCCGUGCAUUUCAUAGGGCUUUAUCUGUACUCCCUCAUAAGCUUUAUUUGCGUAUAUCAGCUAGUUAACGUUACUUUGUAAAUGAAGUUGAAGUGUUGAGUUCGUAUCGCGAGCAUUUUGUUUUUUUAAAGUAUAAUAAAGUCGAAUGAAUGUUAAGGAAAAACAUGCAAUGAUAUACUGGUGUAGAAUAUUACAUUUGCAUUUGCUUAAACACACCGAUUCACAUACUGUACCGCUUUCAUUAUCCGUUACCCGUCAUACGAAGGAAUAGUUGAACUUCAAUCGGACACAUUGAAUCUCAGUAAAGGAAAAUAAAGGUUAAAUCGAUCGAAUCGUUUUUUUUUUGCAUUUCAGUUUUGUUGAAUAUUCAGUCGACUUUGCAGCUCAAACGUCAAUUAUUGAAGGAUGACUAACAGGUGCUACAAUGUCUUUUCUUAAAUCACAGGAAAUAUUGGAAUACGUUUUUGAAAUCGAAAUCUUUCAUGUCACUUUGGAAGAGGUUUACUAUGAGUUACAUGUCCCAAAUAACAAUGGCAUAAAGUGAUUCGCUGAAUGAUGUGGAAAAGGUUGUUUAUUAUUUUUUAUUUUUUAGGUUUGAUUGUAUUUCCCCCCCUUUUUUAACAGCUGGGUCAAAGUGAUGGAGAAAUGAAAGUGUGAUGUGCAAAAUUUGUUCCUCAAUAAACAGAAGUUACAACUGA